UCCUCUGUUUCUUCACCUUUUUUUCAAUCAACAAAAUUUUAGUUUUGAUGGGGUCCUGUAAUUUUACAGUAUGUGUAGCCUUGAUGUUGUUGGUUAUGGUGGGGGCUAUUUCUUUUGAACCAAAAAUUGAUACAAGGUUAGGUAGAGCCCACCGCUUCUGGGACCCCUUGAUACGAUCGCCGGUAGAUCGUGCUGAUGAUGAAACGGAGGAAGACGGUGGCGGCGUGCGGUGGGCGGUUCUUGUGGCUGGUUCAAAUGGAUAUGGAAAUUAUCGGCAUCAGGCAGAUGUAUGUCAUGCCUACCAAAUCUUGAAAAGAGGUGGAUUGAAAGAUGAGAACAUAGUAGUAUUCAUGUACAAUGACAUUGCCAAGAGCGAGUUGAAUCCUAGACCAGGAGUAAUAAUCAAUCAUCCAAAUGGUAGUGAUGUCUAUGCCGGUGUGCCUAAGGACUAUACCGGUGAGCACGUCACUGCAGCAAACUUGUAUGCUGUGCUUCUUGGUGAUAAAAGUGCCGUGAAAGGUGGAAGCGGGAAGGUCGUCAAUAGUGGACCGAAUGACAGGAUAUUUUUGUAUUACUCCGAUCAUGGUGGUCCAGGGGUGCUUGGAAUGCCCAACAUGCCUUACCUUUAUGGCAAAGAUUUAAUUGAGGUCUUGAAGAAAAAAUACUCAGCUGGGACCUACAAAGAGAUGGUCCUCUAUAUUGAAGCUUGUGAGAGCGGUAGUGUCUUCGAGGGUUUAAUGCCUGAAAACUUGAACAUUUAUGUGACGACAGCCUCAAACGCUGAAGAAAGCAGUUGGGGGACAUAUUGCCCAGGAAUGGAUCCUCCACCUCCAUCAGAAUAUAUCACAUGUUUGGGAGACUUGUAUAGUGUUGCAUGGAUGGAGGACAGCGAGUCUCAUAACCUGAAGAAGGAAACAAUAAAACAGCAAUACGAGAAGGUGAAGGAAAGAACUUCCAACUCCAACAACUAUAAUGCUGGAUCUCAUGUUAUGGAAUAUGGAAGCAAAAAAAUUAAGCCCGAGAAAGUUUACCUGUACCAAGGAUUUGACCCUGCCACCGUGAAUCUUCCUGCGAACAAGAUCAAUUUCGCACAAUUGGAGGUGGUCAAUCAGAGGGAUGCUGAUCUUCUCUUCUUAUGGGAAAGAUAUAAGAAGCUGGAAGACAAUUCACUCGAGAAGGCCAAGCUUCGGAAAGAGAUUACUGAGACACUGCAGCAUAGGCAACAUCUUGAUGGGAGCAUAGAUGCAGUUGGAGUGUUUCUUUUCGGUCCAAUAAAGGGUGGUUCUGUUCUCAGCUCUGUCCGAAAACCUGGUCUACCUCUCGUCGAUGAUUGGGAAUGCCUAAAAUCAACGGUUCGCCUUUUCGAGGCACAUUGUGGUUCGCUGACACAAUAUGGCAUGAAACACAUGAGAGCAUUUGCAAACAUUUGCAACAAUGGUAUCUCAAGAGAUGCUAUGGAGGAAGCUUUUAUGGCUGCUUGCAAUGGACAUAUAGAGGAGUAUAGCGCUGCGAACCGAGGCUUUAGCGCUUGA